AUGAUGAAAAAAAAAGUCACUCCACUUCUUUUUGUCUUCGUCGUCACGUUUUUGACAAUUGACGGUAAAGCUAUUCAACACGAAAGAGACGAUGAACAGUCCGCGAACAAGCUCAUACAAAACAACGAAGAGUUCUUGACCACUCUGAUCAAUUAUCGACAUCGCUUUGAACAUUCUCAUAACUUUAACGCACUUCGAUGGGUGUUUCAACAGCAGAACAAUCCAGAAGAAUUAUAUUGUAAGAUGUGUCAUGUACUCUUACCUGUAAUACGAUUACUUAUCGAAACAAACCAAACGAAAUUUAUCGAAACUGUUGCACUUCAAGUUUGCUACGACUUCAAAAUACUUCUUGAUGUUUGCCGUGGAUCGGUACUUGAAUAUCAAGAUGUCAUCAUCCAAGUCAUCUCUUUGACUGAUUACAAUGACAAGGCGUUAUGCUCACUUGCUCUACACUGUGAUCGGGAAACCGACUACCCGGCAUUAAACUGGACUAUUCCCAUUCCUGGUAGUAAACCAUCACCGUCGCCACCGAAACCUCCUUCACCUAAAUCACCAACGUUGGAAAUAUUGCAUUUAGCGGACAUUCACGUGGAUUUCCAGUACAAGCCAGGAUCCAAUGCAGACUGUCUUGAACCAAUGUGUUGUCGAAAGGGCACGCCUCUACCUGGUCGCCCACCUGCUGGCUUUUGGGGAACCAGUGGUCAUUGUGACCUACCAUAUUGGACAGCCCAAACGAUACUGAAUUACGCUGCAAAUACAGAAAAAAUUGAUUUCAUCUAUUAUACUGGCGAUACACCACCUCACGACGUAUGGAAUCAAUCGCGUGCUGGUCAACUGUAUUCAAUCAACACGAUCAACCAUUUGUUGGCUAAAACAUUUCCAGAUAAAAUGAUCUAUUCAACGAUUGGCAACCAUGAAGCAGCUCCGUGCAAUUUGUUUCCAACACCGAAUAUUCGUUCGGAUAACAUUUCAUGGUUAUAUCAAUCAUUGGCCGAUAGUUGGAUAAAUACAUUGGGUUUACCUAUUAGUACACGUGAAACGAUUCUUCGGGGAGGAUUCUAUACAACUAUUGUUCGUCCUGGUCUACGAAUAAUUUCACUCAAUACAAACUAUUACGCAUCGGAUAACUAUUGGUUAUUUAUCAAUGCAACUGAUCCACUCAAUCAGCUUGAAUGGCUGAUUCAAUGGUUACAGUACGCAGAAACUCACGCAGAAAAAGUUCAUAUUAUUGCUCAUCAUUCGCCACGCACGUGUCUUGCUGCAUUCGGUUGGAACUUCAAUAGAAUUAUCAAUAGAUUUGAAAACACAAUCUCCGGUCAAUUUUAUGGUCAUACACACCGGGAUGAGUUCAAUAUUUUCUACGAUGAACAUGAUCGUCAACGGCCUAUUUCGAUUGCCUACUUGGCACCAUCGUUGACAACUGCAGUUUCUCUGAAUCCCGGCUAUCGCAUUUAUACAAUGGAUGGUGAAUAUUCAUCGAGUUCCUAUUGGAUACUUGAUCAUCGUACGGUGAUUAUGAAUUUGACUGCAACAAACUUUUACAAUCGAACGGUAAUGCAAAAUGAAUACAGCGUCCGGGAUGCCUAUCAAAUGGACAAUUUGUUUCCAGUUGACUGGGAUAAUUUCAUCAAAAGACUUGAGAUGGAUAUUGAUGGACCACUAAUGGGUACAGUGUACAAGCAUUAUACAAAAUCUUAUGCUGAUGGAUCGCACUGCGAUCAUGUGUGUCGACGAGCAUUGAUCUGCACUUUUAAGACUAUUCGCGAGGGUGAUACAAGCGCAUGUGACUCGAUUCCUCCGUUUACCUAG